GCCCACUCCCGCCCGCUCUACCGGCUUUUCUCUGCAUCAGCUGUCAGCGCACCGGCAAUUCAAACCGGAUUAUUCAGCGGCGUUCGUCCAAAAACGGAUAUUUAUUUUCGAAUUUGCUUCUGGAUAGAUAUAACAAAUAAGUGAAAUAUCCCUGGGAUCAUCAUAUUGUGCUUAUCGGUGGGAAAACGGGGUUUUAGCGGCUAACCCCGGCUAGCAUCCAGCUCAUCACUUGGAGAGUCCAGUGUGACGUCACAGCGGCUCUUCUGUUUCAGACGGACUCAUAAAUAUCACUUUUUAAACCAACUCUUUUGGUUUCUUGUGAACUCAAGGGAGAACAUGGACGGCUCGUUUGUGUCGCCGAUUCUGAGCGAUGUGCUGUGCCAGUGCCGCUCGGAGGAGUACUGGCUGUCGGAUUCAGGCGGCGGUGUUAGUGGGGUUGAUGUCGGUUGCAGCACUCCGGUCCCAGCGGCGAAAGACGAGCCGCAUGUCUGCGCCGUGUGCGGCGGCCCCGAGCAGGAGCAUCGCCUCAAGGUCCUGUUCCAGAUCCUGGACGUGAACAGAGACGGAGGGAUCUGUGUGAACGACCUGACCAUCGGCCUGAAGAAACUCGGGCUCCAUCGCACCGAGCAUGAGCUUAGGAAAAUUGUGAAAGCCGGAGAUAAGGACCUGGACGGCCAGUUGGACUUUGAGGAAUUUGUGCAUUACCUGAGGGACCACGAGAAGAAGCUACGGCUGGUCUUUAAAAGUCUGGACAAGAAGAAUGAUGGUCGCAUCGAUUCACAGGAGAUCAUGCAGUCACUCAGAGACCUGGGGGUCCACAUCUCAGAGCAGCAGGCUGAGAAAAUCCUCAAGAGAAUUAGGAGGGGCCAUGUCUUUGCUCCUGUAAUGUACAUGGACAAGAAUGGGACAAUGACCAUCGACUGGAACGAAUGGCGAGACUACCACCUGCUUCACCCUGCAGACAACAUCCCCGAGAUCAUCCUGUACUGGAAGCAUUCGACAAUAUUUGAUGUAGGGGAAAGUUUGAUGGUGCCUGAUGAGUUCACAGCGGAGGAGAAGAAGACUGGGAUGUGGUGGCGGCACCUGGUGGCAGGAGGUGGAGCCGGCGCUGUGUCGCGCACCUGCACUGCUCCGUUGGAUCGACUCAAAGUUCUUAUGCAGGUGCACUCCUCUCGUGUGAACACCAUGUGUAUCGCUAGUGGUUUCUCUCAGAUGAUCCGUGAAGGUGGUAUACGGUCACUGUGGCGAGGAAAUGGCAUGAACGUCCUAAAGAUUGCACCUGAAUCCGCCAUCAAGUUCAUGGCUUAUGAGCAGAUAAAACGGCUGAUUGGCAGCAAUCAGGAGACGCUGGGAAUUCUAGAGAGGCUGGUCGCAGGAUCUCUGGCUGGUGCCAUUUCGCAGAGCAGCAUCUACCCAAUGGAGGUUCUGAAGACUCGACUAGCCCUAGGAAAGACGGGUCAGUACUCCGGAAUUGUGGACUGCGCCAAGCACAUAUUUCAGAAAGAGGGCUUAGCAGCAUUUUACAAGGGUUAUAUCCCCAACAUUCUUGGCAUUAUUCCCUAUGCUGGAAUAGACCUUGCCGUCUACGAGACGCUGAAGAAUUCAUGGCUACAGACGUACGCCACAGACAGCGCAGAUCCUGGCGUGUUUGUCCUGCUAGCAUGUGGCACCAUGUCCAGCACUUGCGGCCAGUUAGCCAGUUACCCUUUAGCCCUGGUUAGGACGCGCAUGCAGGCUCAAGCAGCUGCAUUGGAUGGAGGGCCUCAGAUGUCCAUGAGCAGCUUGUUCAGACAUAUUGUGCGGACGGAAGGCGCGAUGGGGCUCUACCGAGGCCUGGCACCCAACUUCAUGAAGGUCAUCCCUGCAGUCAGCAUCAGCUAUGUGGUGUAUGAGAAUCUAAAAGUCACACUGGGUGUUCAAUCCCGGUGAAAGACUAGCAGAUCUUUACCUUUUUGAAUUUUUGUUGGGAAGCGAAAUGGAGACAGAUGGACAGUGAAUCUCGGGUGGCGAGACCUGAGAUUUGAGUCGAUGUUCUCAUUCUGUGAAUGCUAGAGGAAGAGGCCGAGGAGGGUAGGAACAAAGAACACUAAGGGUGAACACUAAGAACCCAAACCAGAAGGUGGACAUGUUAUUACACCUAGGGAUCUACUCUUCCUGUAAUUCCCAAGCUGUAGUAACCUGUUUCACUGGGGGACCAAAAUGUCUUUAACUGCUCAUGUGUGCUCUUUUAAUCCAGUAGGUGGCAGUCUUGAAUAGCCAAAAGCUUAAGAUCUAACCACCAAAUCCUACCCUCCAUUUCAUAUAUUUAAGCACUACAUUUGUCAUCGUCGUCUUAAGUUAUUGAGAGAGUUUAGGUGUUUAUCCUGUACAGAACCACCAGUUUCUUUCAUAAACAAACUGCAAUCCAUGUAGCUGAUGUGUAUAUAAAGAAUUUGAAGAAUUUUUAUUCUAAAGCCCUUGAUUUCUUUGUUUUUUUUCAUGCUUUAAUGUUAUGCAUGCUAUAAACAUCUAUUUAUUUAAUAUUAAGAAAGAAGUUCGGGGGGGAAAAAAUAAAAAAUAAUCACCAGAUAUAAUACUUAACCGUGGUUGAUACAAAGUUGGUACAAAGCCUUAGUUUUGUUUGUGUUCAUUGUCACAAUUGGUAAUUGUUUUAUCAAUUACUAAUCACGUUUACUAAUCUGGGUGAAGAACUGGUUUAGGUUAAGAAAAGUCUGUGAUGUUUUAAUGUAAAUGCUGUAUUUCCUGUAUAGGAAAAAUCCAUUCACCUCAUGAUGGGAAUCAACUCACUUCAAUUUCGAAUCAGACAAUUCAGAAUCAAGUUGCUGUUUUGCACCUGUGAAAUGUGAAGCCUUGUCCUUACAUUUCAUUUUCACGCAGUGUUAGUCCGUGCACAAGCAUGUCCUGUUUUUCUUAUCGUGUUUUCUGAACAGAAAUGGCAUCGACUAAGAUGACCUCAGGAACUUUAGGGUUAUCUAUGGGAUGUGCACUUGAAUUUUUAGACUGAAUAAUACUAGAAUGAGAACAGUUGUUUCGGGGGUGUGUUUGGUUGGUUUUUUUAAAUCCUGUAUUCAGGUUGUAAGAGGGCUGAAAGAGAAGUGUGUUGUAGGAGAAAGUUUUUUUUUAGUUAUGCUCUGCUGCAUGGUUCACAAACUCCACUCCCAUGAUGGCUUCAGGAGCCUUGCCGUUUAUUUAAAAAAAAAAAAAACCAUGCCAUCCACACAGAUGGAACUAGCUCACAUGUCCCAGUAUCUCCUAUAAGAGACCACAGCAUUUCCCUAAACUAAUUGCAGUCUUAAAUGAUGCAUCGCCAUAGGUGAAGGUUUUAAAGAAAAAUUUACAGUCUAUGUACACGUAUCGGAUGUUCACAUAGUUUUAUACGUUUGCUUUAUGUGCUGCUAACAGACUGUCAGUUCGUCGAUUAGAGGAAGGCGGUUAAAGUUAGUGAUUCUAAGGGGAAUUUUUUCAGUAUAACGACAGCUGAAUUUAAAGUGGCUUCUAAUUAGUAUGCCGGUUUAGUUGAGGAUAUAUAAGGUAUAGAAGGCAGUCGCCAUACUAGAUUCUGUCUAAACUAUCAUUUCUAACAUUAGACCAAUCAUUGUUUGUCUUAACCUUUUUCUUUUUUAAAAAAAAUACACAAUUGCACAGCAAAACUAGUUGCAGAUUCACAAAAAACAUUUGAUUCCGCACCCGUCUUUGUAAGUGGACUAAACCGGAGCAGUAUUCCCCCAGCCCCCCCGCCUUAACUUCUUCCUAUUGUUUUUGUACAUGUGUGGUGUGGAAAUGUGUUCAACUGAUUAAGCAGAACACUGAACAGGGCUUUACUAACAGCUUUGCCUCAUAGUGGAUACUUCUGCCUCUGCUUCUCCUGUUGCAUUUUGCACUUUUUCCUCCCUCGAGGCAACCUCUAUGCUAGAUGUGAUUGCUUGAUUGACAGAUUGCGAGUGUUUAUAUGGAUGGCAUCAGAUUGAUCGUGUACUUCAAUACUACCCAAUACUCAAAUGUAUAAGAAGCCGCGCCGUCAAAAACACUGUCUGAUGCGUAUGCUAUGUAGCGCCUUACUUUCAUCAGCCACUGUCUGGUAGCCUUUUAAUAUAUACAUGUACUGCUUUUGCAAAACUGGAAAAUAUGCUAGAAUGCUGCUUUAAAUCCAGGAGGUAUCGGAGAAUGCAUUUAGACAACUGGAUAAGAUCAUUUGUGUUACUGCUGCAAGACCCAGUGAACCACUGGUAUGUGACUCUGGUCCUGAUUACAAAUUAAAUGAUUUGGACUAAAUGAGUUUACUGUUUACAUGUUUAAAAAAAAAUAGAUGCAUAUCUUAUGAAUUGAGUCUUAUUUCAGUGUCUAAGCUUGUAAACAGAAAUGCACAGAGAUGUGAUUCUACUGCAAGACUUUAUGCUAUUAUCUGGCUAAAAGCUGAAAUGACCCUGAGCUGAAAUGUAAUCAUCAAUGCAAAUGUGUACUGGAGUCUGUGUUGUCCCUGACAGACUGCCUAAAGUGAAUGAAUGUAGAAUAAUUAUAUUUAUGUUUAUAUGGAAAAAGUUCAAUAAAGAUGAUAUUUCAAGCAAA